AUGAGUGCCUCUCCUGCUCCUUCUCCGAACACCAACGACAACAGGGAAAGUUAUUCAUCGACCUCUCCUCCUCUGCCGGUGGAUUCGGGAGGACCCGGGAGUCGAUCGUACACUCCGGCCUUGUUAGAUAUGUUUAACAAAUCAUCGUCGUCGUCGUCCAAGAACAACAAGAAUACUAUUACUAGUAAUACUAGUAACGAUGAUGAUGGGACUCAUCAUCAUGCGAUGAUGAAUAACAACCACAACUCAAACAACGGGGGGGUUGUGAGCCGAGGAGGCGCACCAAAUUCGGAUUCGAAACCACCGAGACACGCGAGUUUCAACUUUCAAAUCCAAAGUAAACAAAAUAACAACAAUCAAAUCGGAAAUUCUUCCGAGAGCCAGAGCCCUUUACAGCCGUUGCCGCUGAUUAAAGAUCAGUUGCAAGUGGUCGAAGUGACCAGGAACGGGAGGACCAGAAAGGUUUGUUUUUUGUUUGCUUUUUCUUUUGAGUUCAACUCUCAAAAUCUCUCUUUUAAAAACAAUAUAUUAAUCAACAACAUCUCUCUCUCUCUCUCUCUCUCUCUCUCUGUACCUAAAAAGGAAAUCAAACGAUUUGAAACGCAAGUCUCGUUCGAUAAAGGGUUUUAUUUGACCAUUCGGGCGAUACAGUUGUUGAAACAGGAGAUUAAAGGAGGGUUGAUUGUGGUCGGCAUCGCGGGGCCGAGCGGCGCCGGGAAGACGGUGUUUAGCAAGAAAAUAUUAGAAUUUAUGCCAGGUAUUGAACAUAUAUCGAUGGAUAUGUAUAACGAUGCGAGCGUGUUGUUGGAAGAUAACUUUGACGACCCGAGAUUGACGGAUUACGCGACGUUGUUGGAGAACAUUCAAAGUCUAAAAGACGGGAAUUCGGCGGAAGUUCCAAUUUACGAUUUCAAGUCCAGUAAACGGGUCGGGUAUCGACACGUCGAGGUGCCGAAAGCGAGAGUGGUUAUCAUCGAAGGUAUUUACGCCUUGAGCGAACGUUUGAGACCGUUGCUGGAUUUAAGAGUUUCCGUGACUGGAGGCGUGCACUUUGACUUGUUGAAACGCGUGAUGCGAGAUAUUCAUCGAUCUGGACAAGCGCCGGAAAGUAUCAUCCAUCAGAUUUCGGAAACCGUCUACCCGAUGUACAAAGCGUACAUCGAACCAGAUUUAAGAACGGCGCACUUGCGCAUCGUAAAUAGCUUUAAUCCGUUCGCUGGUUUCCAAGAUCCGACGUAUAUUUUGAAAUCCGAUAAAGUCCCCACGGACGAGGAAAUCGAAAGCGUCUUGGACCACUCCAAUCCGGAAUCUCCGGUGACGAGAACGGACGAAGUUGAAACCGCGGAUAUUUAUUUGUUACCUCCGAACGAAGACCCCGAGCAGUGCACGAGUUGGUUGCGUUUAAGAAAUCGAGACGGACACUAUUCGCUCAUGUUUGAGGAAACGGUUACGGACGGUCCUAUCAUGAUUUCGCCUCGCAUUAAAUUUGGCGUCGGUGUGCGCAUAUUAGGCGGGUUGAUGGCGUUAGGGUAUGAAGUUGGGGCGAUUUUGAAACGUCGCGGUCGCGAGUGGUCGGAUGAUUUGCUCACGAUCAAAGUCGAUUGGAUCGAAAGUUUAGAUCGAGCGUACGUGCAGAUUCAAUCGAAAUCUCGCGUCGCCGCGGAGGAAGCGGGUGAAAAAUUAGGAUUGGAAGGCACGUACAUUCCAACGAGUUUUAUCGAGCAAGUACAAAUGGAGAAAUUAACGUUAGAGCUGCGCGAACAGAUGACUGAAGAGAUUAAGCACAAAUUCAGCGGGUUGUUGUCGAUAAAUCGUCCGAACGGUACCGGCGGCGGGUACGACAUCGAAACGAAUCACAUCGUACCGCCAGCCAUGGGAAGCAACGUUUCUUCCAGAGCGAAUUCAGUGCACUCUGGAAGUUUAAAAACGCACGAAGAUGGGAGCGGUAGGCAUCCCUUACAGGCUGAACUCGAGGUGAAUGCGGAGAGAUUGAAUGAAAUGAACGCGUUGAAUCGCAGCGGAAGCGACGGCGAGGGCCGUCAUUAUAACGAGGCGAGCAGUCCGCGCCAUAGCUACGGAGUUAACGGAGAGAGCACGCCUUUUGGUCUCAGCAAUAAUAAUACGAGUAACAACAACAACAAUAAUAAUAACGGAGGGGGAUAUUCAAGCGAGAAAGAGCAGCGCACUCCAGAUAGAAGACGUCCGCAAACGCCGUUUCGACAACCGAAACCGGAUCAGAUUCCCGGCCUUCAUCAGCGCGACAUUUCCGGGCUUUCCGAAGAUUACGGAGGGAACGGCGUACGCAACACUCCCACGCCACACUAUUACAUAGAAGGUAGCUCGUCGAGUAAUCUGGAGCAAAAGUUCGUUUGGUUGUCGAGGAAACUCGAGGACGUCGUCACCGCCGUUUCCCAAAUCCAGCAGCAACAACAAAUCCAACAGCUGUAUAACUAUCAACAGCAGCAGCAGCAACAACAACAGUCGUCCCCGUUAGCUUGGACGACGCCGCGGGAAGGUUUUUCGCAACAAACACCUCCACUUCCUUCGACUUCCUCCUCCUCCUCCGUGGGAGACGCUUUACGAACGCUCGAAUCAAAGUUGGCGAGAAUAGAAGAAAACGAAAGGAAACUCGCGGCGAGGCAUUCGGCGAUUAGUUUAGGAUUAGCAACUUUCGUAGGCGCGGCAACCGUGUUUGGUUUGCUCGCAAAUUCGAGAGAAAAGUAG